AUGGCAGCCCCCUUCCCUUCCCCAACGCAACAGUGGCACAGCACAGCCUACAGCGAGAUCGACCCAAAGCGGCCUGAGCUUUCAGCAAAGGGAAAGAAUGUACUCAUCACUGGUGGUGGAAUUGGCAUAGGAGCAUCUGUUGUCAGAAGCUUUGCCGAAGCGGGAGCAUCUACCAUCAGCAUUUUGGGACGAACGGAAAAUGCUCUAAUUAAAACAAAGGAGAACAUUGAGACUGAAUUCAAGUCGACGAAAGUCAUUGUCUUGGUUGCUGACAUCACUGAUGAGCUGUCAGUAACCAAGGCAUUUAAUAGCUUCAAAAGUUCCGUGGGCUUGAUUGAUGUGCUCGUUCACAAUGCAGCCUAUAUGUCGGACCUAGUGCCCAUUCACGACGCCGAAGUCGGAGAAUGGUUCAAGAGCUUUGAGAUCAAUGUCAAAGGCGCAUUUCUCGUGACCAAAGCUUUCUUACCAUUGGAAGCCGAGAACGCAGUCUUGGUCGCGAUGGGAACAGGUGCCAUGUCGUUUUUAAUGCCAAAAAGCUCGUCCUAUCUCACUUCGAAGCUUGCGGAAUCUCGAUUUUUCGAGCAUGUGCAAGCUGAAAACCCGCAUAUCCGUGUCCACAAUGUGCAUCCUGGAGGUAUUCAGACUCGCAUGGCUGAUAAAACUCAAGCCGCCGGGAUGACAAUCCCAAUGGAUGAUAUCUCCUUGUCUGGCGACUUCGCUGUGUGGUUGGCAAGCCCAGAAGCUGCUUUUACCAAGGGUAAGUUUCUCUGGGCUAGUUGGGAUGUCGCCGAACUCAAAUCCCAAUCAGAUAAAUUGCUUGAAACCUCGUAUCUCUCGAUGGGCGUAGUGCUCGAUGGCUUUCCAUUUGGUAAAUAA